UUUGUCUCGCAUCUUGCGUCGGUGCGAGGAAUAAAACAUCGCGGAAUUGCGAUGAAAUGAACAGUCGCUGAAAGGAACGCGCCAUCAGCAUCGCGUCGAGCUCAGCAGGUGUUCGACGAUCGAAAUCGAGUAUCCGAGCAUAGCCGUCUCUUCGUAAAAACAAUUUUACAAUGUCCUGGUGUCGCACGUUUGGAACGUUUAUGGCGUUAUCCUCGAUUCUUUUAUUCCUCGGACUCGGAGGUAUUCAACAUACCGAAGCAGUCGAACGCAAUGAUGUCCCGAAAGAAACUUACGUCGGCAUUGUCGAGAGAACGAUCAAAGUGAUGAUGAAAACUGGACGAAAAAUAGAAGAAGGGAUCGCGUCUAUCAAAGAUGACUUGAGGUCGAUAACGGAUCUCCUUCCCUUAGGGAAUUCUCUAAGGGAAUUGCGGCAGAAUAGAAUCACGAGAAAUCGAACAUCGGUCGCGGAUGCCUUGAAUCCGUAUAAACUAAGAAUUAAGGCGAUAUUCCCAGGAACGUAUUGGUGCGGCGAUGGAGACAUUUCUCCCAACAAGCAAGACCUUGGCUUGUUUAAAAAAACGGAUGCCUGUUGUAAGGCUCACGAUUCUUGCCCAGUAUCGAUUCCAGCGAAUGCGUCGCAAGACGGCCUUGCAAAUAAUGGUAUUUUCACCAGAUCACACUGUAAUUGCGACAAAGAAUUCUAUAAUUGCUUGAAGGAAGCAAAUACCAUCAUAGCUGCGGACAUCGGAACAACCUACUUCAACGUCCUAAGGCCACAGUGCUUCCAGAACUCUUAUCCCAUCGAGAGUUGUAAACGAUACGCAGGACGGCGAGUGAUAGACGACAAGUGCGUAGAGUACAAUUACAACCAGUCUCGACCGAAGACAAUGGAGUGGUUCGAUAAUCCAGAUUUUAUCGGGAUUUGAUUAGUUAAAUAAAUCGAGAUACAAAGUCUUAAUAAACAAUAUUGCUUUAUUAGAUUUAUUAGAUCAAAACAAUCGUAGUUUGAAUACGUAUCGAAUUAGGCAGGUAUUGGAUGUUAUCAAUUAAGUCUGUUGACUAAGGAAAUUUUGUAAUAGGACAAUAAAUAUUCUUUCCUUUGCAAAGGC